CACCAUGUCAGAGGACGACAGUAGCUCCACCACCAGCAACAUGUCUGACACCGAAGGCAGCAACGUUAGCGUCCUCCACUGGGAGCAAGUGCAGCGGCUGGACGCCAUCCUGACGGAGACCAUCCCGAUCCACGGCCGGGGGAACUUCCCCACUCUGGAGAUGCAGCCGCGGCAGAUCGUGAAAGUGGUGCGGAGUCGGAUGGAGGAGAAGCAGAUCCACGUCCGGGACGUUCGGUUAAACGGCUCUGCAGCCAGCCACAUCCUGCACGGGGAUAGCGGACUGGGCUAUAAGGACCUAGACCUCAUAUUUUGCGCAGAUAUGAAAGGUGAAAGUGAUUUCCAGACUGUGAAGGACAUAGUUUUGGACUGUCUCCUGGAUUUUUUACCCGACUGUGUGAAUAAAGAGAAAAUAAGCCCGUUAACGUUAAAGGAAGCCUAUGUGCAGAAGAUGGUGAAGGUGUGUAAUGACUCAGACCGCUGGAGUCUCAUCUCCCUCUCCAACAACCGGGGAAAGAAUGUAGAGCUGAAGUUUGUGGACUCUCUUCGGCGGCAGUUUGAGUUCAGCGUGGACUCCUUUCAGAUCAAACUGGACUCCCUGCUGCUGUUCUACGAGUGCUCCGAGAACCCAAUGACCGAGACCUUCCACCCCACCAUCAUGGGCGAGAGUGUGUACGGCGACUUCAGCGAGGCCUUGGACCACCUACGUCACAAGUUCAUCUGCACCCGGAACCCGGAGGAGAUCCGAGGCGGGGGUCUGCUCAAGUACUGUCACCUGCUGGUGAGGGGUUUCCGUGCCGCCUCCGAGUCUGAGAUGAAGUCUCUGCAGCGCUACAUGUGCUCACGCUUCUUCAUCGACUUCUCGGACAUUGGCGAGCAGCAGCGUAAGUUGGAGUCCUAUCUUCAAAACCACUUUGUAGGCCUGGAGGACCGCAAGUACGACUACCUGAUGACCCUCCACGGAGUGGUCAACGAGAGCACAGUGUGCCUGAUGGGACACGAGAGGCGGCAGACCUUAGGCCUCAUAGCCAUGCUGGCGGUGCGCGUUCUCGCCGAGCAGAACGUCAUCCCCAACGUGGCUAAUGUUACCUGUUACUACCAACCUGCUCCUUAUGUGGCAGAUGGCAACUUCAGUAACUACUACAUAGCACAGGUUCAGCCAGUGUUUGCUUGCCAGCAGCAUGCGUACUCCACCUGGCUGCCCUGUAACUGAGUCAGCCCUGAGGAAAGGUGGAGGGAGAGAGUCUGAGCUGUUUAAACAGGAAUGAGCAGCAUACUCGCCGCCUCAAACCUGCCCAGUGUUUGACAGCUGCCAGAAAAAAAAGGAGUCUUCUUCUUUAAUGUUUUGCAUCAAAGCUUGCGUUUUUGUUCAUAAAUUGAGUAUGAACUGUAGGCUUUCACCUCGAGUACUUAUUUCAAUGUGAAUAUCUCACAUUUUUAAAUUGCCAACGUCAACUGAUCCUGCCCAGACCAACCAGGUUUGGAAAAGACUCAUUUGGGUAGCUUGGCAAUCAGGGCUAAUUGCAAAUGUGUGAUGGCCUUUGAAUGCGUGCAGCACAACUGUCAUCGAAACUGUGCGAGACUGAUUGAAUCUGUCAAGAACUGAUUAGCCAGCACGUUCCAACGGCAGAGCAAACAAACGGCUGCAUCAGGGCCCUGACAGCUACUACUACACACACAAACACACACACGCACGCACGCACGCACGCGCACGCACGCACGCACGCACACACACACACGCACACGCACACACACUCACUCACCUAGACUCUGCUGUAUGCCAGCUUAACUGAGGCAAGAUGCUGUUAAAUUAGUUUGGAUAACAAACUGGCAUCUCCGCCAUGCAUUUGGAUAUAAUUAUGGUUGUUUACAGACCAAAGAUUUUUUUGGGAUUGUUUCUAACAUUAAAACCCUAUUUUGAUUGCUUCAAAACAUGAAGCUAUGUCUAUUUGUAUAUGUGAACAUAUGUGUGUUUAUAAGUGCCUAUAAAAGAAUGAUUUUUGUGGAUUAGCCCCACUGUGUUUAUAGUCAGGCACACAAGACAAUAGCACCCCAGAGGCUUGUGAAUGUAUAUGUGAAAUCAUGCAGUCACUGUUUAUAUUUUUGGACGAAAAAGAGCACUAUGCGUUAGUGUGGAUUUUGCAGUAAAGUAGCAUUCAAAUGUGUGAUCGACGGAUUGCUGCAAGAUUCACAUUUUUGUUGCGUGAGCAUUUGGAAACUCUAUCUUCUAUCUUCUCUGAGGGUCAAUUAGGGCUGGGUAUCGCCAAUGAUUUCCAGAAUCGAUUCGAUUCCGAUUCACAGGGUACAUUUUCGAUUCGAUAUUAAUCAAAUUGAGGGGUUUUCUGUUACAAUUUCUGUUACCAAUUUUGCUUGGAUAUAAAAUAGAUUCUCACAGAAUAAUAUAAGGGGGGGGCAAUUCACCACAUCCAUGGUGAAAAGGCAUACAAACAAAACAUUGAUUUUGGGAUUUUAUUUUUCAAUAUCAGAUCGCUCAAACCAAAAUUGAUUUUAAUUGGAGAAUCGAUUAUUUGAACCCAGCCCUAUGCUGUAUGGCAUGCCCCAAAUGAAUACAGGAAUUGCACGUGUUAUGAGAAAGGAUGACAAGCCUUUUUUAAAUCAUCAGCAACAAGGAGAAAAGUUUACUCGCACACAAUUUUCUGUAUAUUUUGUACGGUGGUGCUUCUCUUUUUGUCAUCUGAGAAAAAAAAAACUAUUUCUCAAGAAUUAUAUAAGAGAGAGAGCGAGAGAGAGAGAGAGAGAGAGAGAGGAAAGCCUGCAUUCAGAGAGCUGGUGUCUGUUCCAUAUGCUUCCCUCCUACGGCAGAAGGCUAUUUGCAGAGACAGCUCAUUUGCUGUAGCACCCUGGCAGGGAAUUCCUCAGCUGCUGCUGAAGAGCUUGAACUUAGCUGGGGUUGGGUCUGCAGCCGCUCUGUUCAGAGUUCAGAAAAUGUUGUGCCAAACAUUUCAUUGGCCCCGCUCAUAGCUCUAAAGUAGAAUAGGGGCCAUAUGUUGACGUAGGGAAAUAUGCUGUGUUGAUAUAGAAGAUGGGGAGAUAGACAGUAGAGGGAGAAAAAGGGAGCGGAAGGAAAAGGUAGUGGUUACAAGGCAGGAGGGAGAGUGCGUCGUUGGUCUGGAGAGAUGGGUGCAGCUGGUGAUGGGGUUCAUCCCUCUAGGGCUACCACGCGUUACUGUACAAACUGUCUCUGUUAGGGUCAGACUACAACCGACCGGGCAGUUCUGCAGCUCUCCCCUUUUUUCAGGAAGAUCAAUCUUUCUGUUAUCAGCAUUUGCUCUCGUUUUUAAUCAGGAGUGUUGAUUCAAAAAAAAGAGUGGAAACUGAAGAAAAAUUGCAUACAUUCACACCAGCUUCAGGAGACUUUAAGUAACCUACGUUUCAUUUGUGAGUUUGCUUUAAAUGAUGCUUAUUCAUGUUUUUUUUUUUUAAGAUUCAUUCCACACCAUUUUAAAGAACUGUGUACAUAUAUGAUUACAUGCUUCAGCUUUUGCCAACUCACUUACUCCUUGCAAACUAUACUGCAGCCUUUCCUUUUGAAAAAAAAAUAUGAAUGGUUACAUUACAAGCAUUAAAAGGUAUUUUAGGCCCAGAAGACUAGCAUCAACGUAACAUUGCGUUUAAAAAAGACACGUUCUCUAGCUGAAAAAUCAUUUCUUUCUCAUCCUGAUUCUGAUAAUCCCCUCUUGGUUGUUUUAUUUUCUCAGUGAUUGUCCACGUCGAUAGUAUCCUUUGGAUUGUGCAGACAAUGUAUUGUCAUUUUAUACUCAGUGAAGUCCUAACAGCUGACUUUCUAGCUAGCUCCAGUCUGCCUGUCAGUUAGUGCUCGUGCCUGUCAGUUAGAGGUUUGGGUUACUGCAUUGUCUUGUAUGCGUUGUCUCAAAUAUCUGUUUCUGUUCAUGCAGUCUUUUACAAAUCACACUUUGAAAAAAAAAGAUCCUUGUCUUGUAUGUAUAUUUUUUAAUGAUUGUUAUUUUUAUAAAUGUAUCAGAAACUGCGGGUGUUGCAGUGCUUUUGAAUCUGUGAUUGGGCUUCAAAGGAUAUGUUCUCAAUAGCUUUUUUGCUAUAUUAUGUCAUGUGUCCAAUGGGUCAAAAGGUUAAAGAUGUUUUCAUCAAUAAAAUAUCUGAAAACCAGA